AUGGAAUACGUUAUCGUUGGAUCAGGUAUUGUUGGUUUAUACACCGCUUAUCAUUUACUAGACAAAUGCGAUAGGAACGGCAAGAGUAUCGUUGUAGUAGCUGAAUACUUACCUGGGGAUGAAUCUGUAAACUUCACAUCUCCUUAUGCUGGAGGAAAUUUCAGUUGCAUCAGUGGAAGUGACAAAGAAACCUUAGAGUACGAUAAGUUUACAUAUAUCAAUUUGUUGAAGAUAAGAGAGACUUUGGGUGGACCUAGUUGUGGGUUGGACUAUUGCUAUUCAACUGAGUACUGGGAUGAAAUCCCCCCAAAGGAGAAGAUCGAUAACUUGCUAACUUACCUUGAAGAUAUGAAGAUUUUGGGAGCAGAAGAGCUUGUUAGAGGAACCAAGUAUGGAAUUAGAUUCAAAUCAUUUAGCUUCAACUGCCCUGUAUUUAUUCAGAGUAUGAAGCGGUAUUUAGAAGAGAGAGGAGUACAGUUCAAGAGACAAAAAUUGGAUCAUAUCAACCAAGCAUUUUGUACUGAUACCAAAGCUGUUUUCAACUGCACCGGUCUAGGCAGCUUUAAGUUAUGCGGUGUCAAUGACUCAAAGAUGCAUCCAGUUAGAGGACAAGUUUUAGUAGUGAAGGCUCCACAUAUCACAGAAAACACUAUGAGAUGGGGAAAAGAUUAUGCCACCUAUAUUAUCAAACGACCAUAUUCCAACGAUCAGCUUGUUUUAGGUGGGUUUCUCCAGAAAGACUCGUGGGCCAGUGAAACAUACCUGGAGCAAAAUGAUGACAUUUUGAGAAGAACUACUGAGCUUGUUCCAGAGAUUUUAACCAAAAAUCCCACAGGUCAUAAGCUUGAAAAUUUAGAGGUGAUGCGAUCUGCUGCUGGCCUUAGGCCCUUCAGAGAAGGUGGUACCAGAAUAGAAAAGCAAAUAGUUAACGGGAAACCAUUAAUUCACAACUAUGGUGCAGCUGGUUACGGUUAUCAAGCAGGGUUCGGAAUGGCAGCUAGGGCAAUCAGUUUUUUGCAGGAAGCUAAGCUUUAG